UGAAAUGCUGAAUUCAUCAACAUUCUUUUUAUUUGUGAAGGAUCUGGGUAGAGACAUCUACGAUCUUUAUGCUGAGUAUGGAGAUGAGGAAGAGGAAGAACAAUUCCUGGUGUCUCCCUCCCGCCUGCAGCGCUCUCCAACCAAACACUUCACUCUCAACAUCAACGUUGGUGGAACGGUGUACCACUUGUCCUACAUGUUAGCUGCCAGGUAUCCCAAGACAAGGAUUGGCCGGCUGGCCACAUACACAAACCACAGCAGGAAGUUGGACCUGUGCGACGACUACAUCGUCCAGAGAAACGAGUUCUUCUUUGACCGGGACCCUAAAAUCUUCCACAACAUCUUCAACUUUUACAGAACCGGAGUGUUGUGUAUCAAAGAUGAGCUGUGUCCGCGCAACUUCCUUGAGGAGAUAAACUACUGGGGUGUUAGAAUCAGAAAUAGUCAACGCUGCUGCCGCAUCUCCUUUGAAGAGAGGCAGGACGAGCUGAACGAGCAACUGAAAAUACAGAGACAGCUGAUAGCAGAGGUGGAGAUGGAGGAGAACGAGGCGGUAUUUCACGGCAUGGCCUUCGGACCAACCCGAAGGAAAAUCUGGAACCUGAUGGAGAAACCGUUCUCCUCGGUCUCUGCCAAGCUGAUGGGGGUCGCCUCCUCCAUACUUGUGCUGGUCUCGCUGGUCGCCAUGACGCUCAACACUGUGGAUGAGAUGCAGUACAAGACGCCGUCGGGCCAGCCCAGUGGCAGAUUCUACGGCGAGUAUGUUGAGACGUUCUGCAUCACCUUCUUCACCCUGGAGUACCUGCUGCGCCUGGUGUCCACCCCCGACCUCAUGUGUUUUGGACGCAGUGUCCUGAACACCGUCGACCUGAUCGCCAUCCUGCCGCACUACCUGCAGAUGGUCCUGGAGUGCUUCGAGGACGACGACAUGCAUCUGCACUCGGGGGACAUUGAGACCGUGGCUCGUGUUGGAAAGGUGGGUCAGGUUCUAAGGAUUAUGCGUCUGAUGCGAAUCUUCAGGAUACUGAAGCUGGCUCGUCACUCGACAGGCCUCAGAGCCUUUGGCUUCACACUGAGACAGUGCUACCAGCAGGUGGGCUGCCUACUGCUCUUCAUCGCCAUGGGCAUCUUCAUGUUUUCAGCCAUGGUGUACACUGUGGAGCACGACGUUUACAACACCAACUUCACCUCCAUGCCGCAAGCAUGGUGGUGGGCCGCUGUGAGUAUUUCCACAGUUGGCUACGGCGACAUGUUGCCUGAGACCAACUUGGGCCGAAUCUUCGCCUUCGCCUGCAUCUCCUUUGGCGUCAUCCUUAACGGCAUGCCCAUCUCCGUUCUCUACAACAAGUUCUCCGACUAUUACACAAAGCUCAAGGCUCACGAGUACACCGCCGUCACCAAGGCGCGCGGGAAGGUGCACUUUGCCAGGAGGGCAGCAAAGAGGUUUGCCGAGUGCUGCGAGGACACCGUUCAGUCGAGGACAGCCCACCUGCAGUGAGCCAGGUUAUAGAUUUGCAAGUCUACGGUAAGAUUUGUCUGAAAGGCAGGAGUGGCAGUCAGGAUGUGAUCAACACAGCAGAGACGGACAUUUUAUGGAGUAGUGGGACUGGAAAUAAGCCAGGGACAUUCUGUACAGGCCUUCAUACCAUUAAUAGGACCAUGACAGGAAUCAUGGCAGUUUGAACCAAUAACCUGCCAAGAAAUCUCCAACUCUCUGGACCUCAGUUAAAACACUUUUGAGUUCAAAAUGUCACUCCACGUCCAGGGUCAGGACUGUUAUUGUUCCUGAAGGGACAUUUAAUUAUCCUUUAUCUAUCAAUCCCCUCUGUCUGUUUGUUCCUGUUCUGCCUCUGAACUGUGCAGGUGUGGUGUAAAUACAUGUUGUUAAAUGUGUUUCUUUCAUUUGCCAAAAUGUUAUAUACUCACCCAUUUACUCUUAUUAAUCGACAUAGAUUUUUCCAAAGCUGUCUGUAACAUUAUUGUCACUGACUAUGUACUCGUGCUCCAUCCGCCAUCUAUCCAUAAGUCUCUAAAGCUCACAAGUAAUCCAGGACCCAGGAGAUAAUGACAACAGGACUGAAAUAAAUCAUAAGUUGACAUCUGGACAGUGGAUAUUAGAGCUGUUUAUCUGUCCCAUGUGUUUCCCUCCAUCUAAUAAUAAACCUAUGUCUCUUUAUCUUGUCGCCAUAAA